AUCGAUAAAUAAUCGAACAUCACUGACUGGGUGGAUUUGUAGUUAUACUUUUAGCUUCUGAGUCUGAGAGGGAAAAUCGAGCUUCGGUGGAGCAAAGCAAGCCCAAUCAUAGCUAAUUUGCAGUGAGGUUUUUUACGUUCCCAAUAAUAGUGAUAAGCGUUAAGAUGCCUUUACUUCGAAGAAAACUUUUUGAAAAAGUAUCCGGAACAGAACGGUUACGAGAUAACGACGAAGUUUUCUAUUGUGAAACCACUAACGAAAUAUUCAGUAAUUAUGAGGAUUACUUUCAUCGAGUUCUGCUUAUCUCGUCCAUUGUAUGGAGCUGCUCAAUAACUGGAAAACCUAAUUUGACUUACGCGGAAGCAUUGGAAUCUGAAAAACAAGCUCGAAAAGUAUUAAAAAGUUUUCCACAUGCAAUUAAAGCUCCAUUUUUACUAAUAGCUUCUCAUACGAAACGUUGUUCUUUAAAUGCUCAACUUGACGAUGUUUUGGGUUUUAUUAAGGAUCGUUACUUUAAGGGAGAAGAGUUGGAUGCAGUUGAUCCUAACAAAAAUAUAUAUCGCUCUGUUACUAUAUUGGAGGUACUCUCAAACAGUAACAAAACUAGUCCCGUAAAAACAGAAAAAAAUAAGUAUCGUGUACAAUCAGAAGAUGGGUGCAAGCCAAAAGAGUGGAUUGUUUGCGCUGAAAAUUUAAAGCGUGAUCGUUUCUCUACAACGCGCGACAAAUGUAAACUUUUUUUAAAACAGCAUGUAGAGCAAGUAAAUGGAGUGCUCAAAAUUAAGGAAGCAUCGAUCAAAAAGUUCGUCACAGAGGAAGGUAUAACUGCCGAUCACAUAUUUCUUGGCAAACCCCCAGAUUUUGAACAAUCUAAACGUUUAAAGAAUGCUGAAGAAAAGAAACAACGCCAGGAGCUAGAAAAGAAAAAUGAAUUUCCGAAACUUCAGCAGAAGCAGCGAAAAAAGAAAAAAGAUAAUGAAUGUGGAACGAAGAAUGGGAAGCAACAAAGUAUAUCCAAGUAUUUAAAAAAAUCUGAAGAUUCAUCAAACAAUGCCUCUGAAAGUAAAGGUAAUAAAAAAGACGAUGCAAAUCUGAAAGAAGAAAUGGAACGAAUGCGAAAAGAAAAAGCAGAAAAGGAUGCAUUGGAAAAAAAACGGCUCGAAGAACAAAAGGCCAUUCUUGCAGAGCAGGUUACUAUUGCGAUAAAAAAAUACAAUCGUAUCCAAGAAGAUCUGGAACUCUCUGAUCAACGUGUAAUUCCAGCACCGCAACCAGUAUGUACAAUAAUAGGGAAAGAACAUUUUAGCGACUUCAUGUUUGUUCUGGAGUUUAUGACAUCUUUUGCAGAAUUGCUUUCAAUUAAAGAUAAGUUUGCCAACGGUCUCACAAUGGAAUUACUUGAAAGAGCGCUGAUACUCAAAGAAGUAAACGGUCCUCUUAGUGAUGUGUUACAAGUAUUACUGAGUACAAUUUUUUCCCUUCAAAUUGAAGAAGAGAAUGAAGUUCCUGUAAGAUAUGACCCGAAAGCUGAUUGCGGUAAUCGUAAAAAUGGAAUGGAAACUCUCAAAAAGGCAACUGAAGCUGCUAUCUGGUGUGAAUCACAAUAUUGCACUAAGCUUAACGAAUUACCAAUGGAUUCCACAACCAUUUCUGAACUACUACGUCUACACUUUUUAGCUUCUGGUGCUCUUAUUGAGGAAAAAGGGGCAAAAUGGCGCUAUUCAAUGAGAGGAGGCUAUCAAAGCUACGAUGAUCCUGGAUUACAAUUGGCGCAAAUUCACAAUCACAUAUUAUUAGCCCUAAAUUCAUACACAGUGUUUCAUUUGUCAAUUGCUGACAUUUUCAAGAUUUUAAAAUGUCUCAUCGAACAGAUAAUGACUUACAGUAGCGUUAGAGAACUAAUUGAAGAACGGGUUGAAAAUGCUCGAAUAGCUAAACAACAGUACGUUACUGUCAACGCAGCAAAGAAAAAGCGUGAGGCUAGCAAUGCAUCUAAAAAGUGGGAUAUGAAAAACGAGAUCAAGAAAAAGAUUGCAGCAUUCGAAGGGUCUUUAGAGGAAAAAGCGGCUUUACGCAAAGAAUUGGAAGAAAAAAUGGCACAAAGCAUCAUCAAAAUGGAUGGCGAAGCUGAGCGUGACAUCAAAAUUUUGCAGAGAGAUAUUGAUAAAUGUAAGGAAAGUUUUUUUGAUUAUCAAAUAUAUUUGGGAAGCGAUCGCGCUCAUCGCAGCUAUUGGCUCUUUGAAUCUCUUCCGGGUCUGUUUGUCGAACAUGAUCAUACUUUUAGUGGAAAGUGUCUUGAUGUGCCCACUCCGCACAUUCCUGGUUUAGCUUUGUGUCCACCGGAUCAACGUAAAAAGUUUAUAACACAAACGAUUCUGAAUAAUAAAUUGAGUCAAAAUGACAAGGAAAAUCGGGCAGUUGUUGGAGAACUCGUCAUUGAAAAAUUAAUGCUGAAUGGUAGUGCAAAACUGAAAGGUUUGAAUGAUUAUAAUAAAUCUACAGCGAUGAAUGGAAUUGACGACGAAUCUGCAUCCGUCAAGAAAGAACCACCGAGUGUCGCCGAGUUAAUGAUGUGUACAGCCAAUCCCAAAGCAUGUCCUGUUCAUAACGAUAACUAUCCAGGUUCUAUACAUUGGGGAUUCUAUCACACAGAAGAGCAAUUGAAUGAAUUGAUUGAAAGUCUCAAUUCACGCGGAUUGCGGGAAAAAAAUUUGCGUGAAAAUUUGGAAAACGAAAAAGAAUUAAUUCUUACUCACAUUAAAGACUGUCCCAUUGAAAAAAUUAUUGCUACGUCAGACCAGCGGGAUGAAGUGAUGGCUAAGAAUAAGAUAAUGUGUAGCAAAAUUUACGACGCACCAAAUUUUAAUCAUGAAUCUGGAACAGAUGCAAAUGUAAUAUUCGAGGCAUCGCUACGAGAAAACUUAUUGGAACUUGAAUCAAAAAUUACUAUUGGUUAUUUGGGUUCAAUGAAAGUGAAUAAUCGCGAUGAGUGGCGUGAGGCAAUCGAACAAUUUGAAUACAAACAACUUUCUGAACCGCUUGUUUGGGGAUUGAAUCGUGUAAAGGCUACUAAUGAGAAAAAAGAAGAUGAAGAAAUGGACGAAGGAAUGGAAGAUGGCGAUUCGGAUGAUGAUCAAUCAAUUAUACACUGCAAAAAUCCUGCGUAUAACCUUCAUAAUAACGUUGUACCGGAAUCGAAAAAUUUAGCCGAUAAAACUAUUCCGCUUGAUGAACCCAUCCUUUUGCGCGAAAAAGUACAUUCUUUGGCAAAAGCACUGUUGCAAAUUGAACAAUGUAUAGAUUGCAAAUUUUUUCGCUUUCCAUUUGGCCCAGAGAAACAAACAAAAGAUAAAGCAACAAUGGCGAAAAAGUUAAUAGAAGGGCAAAAAAAUUUAGCUCAUUGGGAGGAAACAUUAAUGAGAGCAACUAGUUUCUCACAAAUCUUUUUGUAUUAUAACGUGCUCUAUGACGCUAUUCAGUGGUCCAGAUCUGCUGAGCGUAUAGCAUGUAUGAUAUGUAGACGUAAAGGUGACCCCGAUAUGACCCUGUUGUGCGAUGAUUGUAAUCGUGCUUGUCAUAUGUACUGUUUAAAGCCUAAACUUAAACAGGUUCCAGAGGGAGAUUGGUUUUGCCCGAAGUGUCGCCCUGAAGAGUAUGCUAAAAAGAAGCAAACCAAAAAACGAAAAGUUUUUGUUGAAGAUGAACCCAUUGAAGACGAUCCUGAAGAGGACGAAGUAUUGGAAGAAACUAUUGUUAAAGAAGUUGAAGAAUGCUCAGAUGAGGAAGGACAAAUCAUUAAUAAUGGUUCUAAGAAGCGAAACAUCAAACGAAAAGCUUCUGAAGACGGUGCUGAAAACAGUGAUGAUGAACCACUCAUUUGUAUGGCUCGACCUAAACGACACUCUUCCGGCAAACGUUUCAUAUCAAAUGGAUACAACGUAGAUGAUCAUAAUGAUGAUACAUUAUCUCCACACAGUAAAUCUUAUCGAUCCGUAUGCACGCCAAAUUCCAUCGAUGCGGAUUUAGAUUCCUCCAGCAGUCGCCGAGCUCGCCGCACCGGAGAUGAUUUACCGUUAAACAACGUUGCUCUUUAUACUCUACUUGAUGACAUUUUAAAGCAUCCUGAUUCGUGGCCGUUCAAUAGACCAGUUUCAGUCAAAGAAGUCCCUGACUAUUAUUCCAUUAUAAAAAACCCUAUGGACUUUGCAAAAAUUAAAUCGAAGCUGAACAUGGGCAAAUACAGAAUUAACGAACAAAUGAUGAACGACGUUCAAUUGAUUUUCCGCAAUUGCGAUCUGUAUAAUACAGAUGAAACCGAAAUCUAUCAAGUUGGUCGAAGUUUAGAACGAUACGUUUUACAGCGCACGAAGGAUUUAUCAUUGCCAUUUAAACCUAGUGAUAUGCUAAAAACCGAGUUACUGAAAAAUGGCAGAAGAUCGAAUAAAAAGUAGUUUUUUCGCUCAACUUGGUCUUAUGCUAUGUCACUGGUUUUAUGAAAAGUUCUAGCAUUCACACAUUUCUCAAUCACGACAUCUUAUUAUAAACUAUUAAUAAACGUGUUUUACGAUAAGAUAAAAAUUGUCGUCUCACA